UUGAGCAGAGGGAGUGCGUGACUGAGUGAACGCCGAAUCACAGCGAAGUCCACAGCCAGGCGGACGAACUGGACCUAAAUCAACAAAUGGAGACUGGAAAACUGGAUGGAUACUGCGUAUAAAGGAAGAAGUGUUUGCCUUAAUGUGUGUGUAUCUCUGCAUCAGAGCUGCAAGGAACCCAUGGGGAGGCGAGGGAAAAUAGCGGACAACUCAUUCGUCUCCCUUGGAAGCAGAGCUGUGAGCCAGAACAGAGUCAACCGUGGGACUCGCUGGGAUUUUGAAUAUAAUCUCAUGCCGGUGUGUGUGUGAGUCAGUGUGUGUAAGCUGAUAAUAGCAGCUCCAUUGGUAUUCAGCGGAGGGAGCUCCAGGAUCUCGCUGCGCCUUUUCCCCGGGAUGGGAUCACAGAGCAGGGAUUGUGCUUGCCUGAGGAGAGCCUGCUGAAAUGGGCCCAAAACCUGGGAGCGGUGGUCGCCGAAUGGGCAGCGUGGACACCAACAUGUUCCCUUCAGCAGCCAGCUUUCCACACCUGUCCAUCUCCAGCAUCUCCAGCAUCUCCAGCCGUCCGCUGCAGCCAACGCUGAGCCUGCAGAGUUGAGGUUGGGAUCGCCUGGAGCCGUCUGCAGGAAGCAGAGACAAACAGGCCUCGGAGGAGUCGACGUGCCACCAUCCAGUCAGUGCAUCAAGCAAUUAAGCUGCUUGAACUUCAUCUGAAAUGAAAUAUGAUGUGGUGAUGCUUGAGCAGCGGUACGGAGCUUUUGGACGUGUACGGAUUUAUUGGCCGGAUAUUUCGUCGAGAUUACGACACUUUUGGGGCGCAACUCAGUGCUGGGUCACUUUUUCCACAUAAGUUUGUGGGCAAAGGCGAGUAAUUGAAAAUCACCCCCCGGGAGGCCAGUUUUUAUUUUUGCUGUAUUUUUUUUUUCCAAAGGAGCAACUUCUCUACCUGAAAUUUUCUGUCCCUUCUUUCACAUCGAGGAGAAAUACAUUAUGAAGCAGCAGCAUUCUUCUUCAUCCUCUCUCAGUGACGGAGAGGGAAGAGGGACAGACUGUCCAGAAUAGAUAACGAAUAAGGAGACAGUCACUGAGCAAGGAAGGAGGAGGGGGGGAGCAGAAAACAGAAGGACAGGUGGAGAAAAUAACACGAGAGCAGACAGACAGAAGAGAGAGAGCGAGAGAAAUAAACAGAAUUAACUAGGAUUGUCCAGAGUCCCUUUUCAGACCUCCUGUAAUUCGUUUGGGGUGUUUUGGAGGGAAGUUAAUGCCAUGGGCGGGGGAGGGGUCAGGAUUUCAGCCAGAGGGGGGGCUUGAGUUCACCGUCUGGCCUGAAGCUGCUGUCUCUGCGUGUUGGUGUUUGAACUAAACCAUGGCCCGGUAAACAGACACCUGUAAGGACUGACAGAGAAGCUCUGAGACAGAGAGGAAGACAGCUACACAGCCGAAGUGUCAGGCAAAAAAAAGGCAGCAGACAUCCAGAGCUGGCAGAGCCGACGUUCUGCAUUUCAUUGUCAUUCCACUCAGUGUUUUUCAGAGGAGGUAAGAAGAAGCAAAGAGGAGCAUCCUCGUGUUUGUGGCUCCUUUAGGACCCAUCUAAGUCAGUACCGUUGCACUGAAAAAAGCCCAAUAUACAGCAAAGGGAGGGUUGUUACUAAAAAGGAAAUCCAGGUUGGAAAGAGAGAGAGGGUGGGAGGCAGACAGAAGCGGAGCGAGAGAGCAGGUGUCAGAAAUCCUCCCCUUCAUCUGCUUGUCAUUUACUCCUUUAUGCUCGCUCGUCGUUUGGCACAGGGAUUGAUUUUCUGACGCCGCCGUUACUCCUCCUAUGAGCCUUCUGCAGUCCCUGGGUGCAAGCAAGACAGAGGACAGCAGAAAAAGACCACAACCACAACAACAAAAAAGGGAAAAGAUGGAGCCUUUCUCAUUGACUGAUUUUUCACCCCCUGCUUUUCCAGUUUGUCGAGAUGGCCUCUUGUUAUUUCUUCUCUGAGUAAAGCGAAAGAAGAAAAACACCCACCAAAUCAAUCCCUCAUUCUGUUUGUACUCAAGAACUGAAUCUCCCCUCUCAUCGACUGUUCCUCUACAUGGAUUACCUUUUCCUCUGAGUUUCAAACACUGGCUUGCUCCAAAUUUUCUCCACACAUCCUCCCCUCCAGUGACAAACUAACUCCCCUGGCAGCAUCCGUGCCCCCUCACCCGCCAGCUGAGGUGCAGAAAGUCUGUGCUCUCGGAUCCUAGAGCCCCCGUUGACUCACCACUACAGCUAUAGUAUGGCACGGCCCCUCUGAAACUGUCUGAAUCAUUCUGUGUUGGUACAGGCAGCCAGCAGACCGUUCUCCAUGAGGAGCAGUAGAAGAUGCCGGCUCUGCCAGCACUGCUGCUGUCAAUACGCUUCCUCUCCUUCCUGCUAGUCACGAUGCCACCACUCUCCCUCAGUCAGGCCCCUCUGCUCUCCUCUGUCCGCAUGGCUGCCAUUCUGGAUGACCAGUCUGUGUGUGGGCGCGGGGAGCGGCUGGCGUUGGCCCUGGCCAGGGAGAACAUCAACAGCGUGAUAGAGGGUUCAGUGCAAGCCCGAGUGGAGGUGGACAUAUAUGAGCUGCAAAAAGACUCCCAGUAUGACACCACCGACACCAUGUGCCAGAUUCUACCCAAAGGCGUCGUCUCUGUGAUCGGUCCAGCCUCCAGCCCCGCCUCCGGCUCUACUGUCAGUCACAUAUGUGGGGAGAAAGAGAUCCCUCAUGUAAAAAUUGGUCCAGAGGAAACUCCCCGCCUGCCUUACCUGCGCUUUGCCUCAGUUACUCUGUACCCCAGCAACGAGGAUCUGAGUCUGGCCAUAGGCUCCAUCUUACGCUCGUUCAGCUACCCGUCUGCCAGCUUGGUCUGCGCCAAGGCUGAAUGCCUGCUGAGGUUGGAGGAACUAGUUCGUCGUUUUCUCAUCUCGCGGGAGACACUGUCCGUCAGGAUGCUGGACGACAACCUGGACCCCACGCCCCUCCUAAAGGAGAUCCGUGACGACAAAGUAGCCACCAUCAUCAUUGACGCCAAUGCUUCUGUCUCUUAUCUCAUCCUCAAGAAGGCGUCAGAGCUGGGAAUGACAUCAGCAUUUUAUAAGUACAUCCUCACCACCAUGGACUUUCCCCUCCUGAGACUGGAUGACAUUGUGGAUGAGCAGUCCAACAUCGUGGGUUUCUCCAUGUUCAACACCACACAUCCGUUCUAUUUGGAGUUCAUCAGGAGCCUGAACCUUUCAUGGAGGGAGGGCUGCGAUUUGACGUAUCCCGGCCCUGCGCUCUCUUCAGCGCUGAUGUUUGAUGCCGUUCAUGUGGUUGUGGGGGCGGUCAGGGAAUUGAACCGCAGUCAGGAAAUUGGAGUAAAGCCCCUGAGCUGCACCUCGCCUCAGAUCUGGCAACACGGGACCAGCCUCAUGAAUUAUCUUCGCAUGGUGGAGUACGAUGGCCUGACGGGGCGAGUGGAGUUCAACAGCAAAGGUCAGAGAACCAACUACACCCUGCGGAUCCUGGAGAAACACAGAGGAGGCCACAAAGAGAUUGGGAUUUGGUACUCCAACAACACUUUGGCAAUGAACUCCACCAGUUUGGAUAUUAAUGUCUCAGAGACGCUGGCGAACAAGACCCUGAUUGUCACCACCAUCUUGGAGAACCCAUAUGUGAUGCGCAAGGACAAUUACCAGGAUUUCGAGGGAAACGAGCAGUACGAGGGUUUCUGUGUUGACAUGCUGAGGGAGCUGGCAGGCAUCUUAAAAUUCUCCUUCAAGAUCAAGCUGGUGGAUGAUGGGUUGUAUGGGGCCCCGGAGCCCAAUGGCUCUUGGACCGGCAUGGUAGGAGAGCUGAUCAACAGGAAAGCCGACCUGGCCGUGGCAGGCUUCACCAUCACAUCAGAGAGAGAGAAAGUUAUCGACUUCUCUAAGCCUUUCAUGACCCUGGGGAUCAGCAUCUUGUACCGAGUUCAAUUGGGUCGGAAGCCAGGCUACUUCUCCUUCCUGGAUCCUUUCUCUCCAGCUGUCUGGCUCUUCAUGUUACUCGCCUACCUGGCUGUCAGCUGCGUGCUCUUCCUGGCAGCAAGGUUGAGCCCCUACGAGUGGUACAACCCUCACCCGUGUCUGCGGGAGCGCAGGGACAUGCUGGAGAACCAGUACACACUGGGAAACAGCCUGUGGUUCCCCAUCGGCGGCUUCAUGCAGCAGGGAUCAGAGAUAAUGCCCAGAGCCUUGUCCACCAGAUGUGUCAGCGGUGUGUGGUGGGCGUUCACGCUGAUCAUCAUCUCCUCCUACACGGCCAACUUGGCAGCCUUCCUGACCGUUCAGAGGAUGGAGGUUCCCAUCGAGUCUCCGGAUGAUUUGGCUGACCAGACCAACAUCGAGUACGGCACCAUUCAUGGAGGAAGCACCAUGACUUUCUUCAUGAACUCGCGGUACCAGACGUACCAGCGGAUGUGGAACUACAUGAACUCCAAACUGCCCAGCGUUUUUGUGAAAAGCACAGAGGAGGGAAUCGCCCGUGUUCUCAACUCCAAGUAUGCCUUUCUGAUGGAGAGCACCAUGAACGAGUAUCACCGCGGCCUCAACUGUAACCUCACACAGAUAGGAGGACUGCUGGACACCAAGGGCUACGGCAUCGGCAUGCCGCUGGGAUCUCCAUUCAGAGAAGAGAUCACACAGGCCAUCCUCCAGCUGCAUGAGAAUAACAGGCUGGAGAUCCUGAAGAGGGGGUGGUGGGAUGGAGGCCAGUGUCCCAAAGAGGAGGACCACCGUGCCAAGGGUCUGGGCAUGGAAAACAUUGGGGGCAUCUUCGUGGUGCUGAUAUGCGGCCUCAUCAUCGCCGUGUUUGUGGCUAUUAUGGAGUUUGUGUGGUCGACGCGCCGCUCGGCAGAGACUGAUGAGGUAUGCCCCCAUACCUGCCCUCGCCGACCCCACAGACACACCCCAGUGUCUGUUUGUCAAGAGAUGAUCACCGAGUUCAGAAACGCCGUCUCUUGUAAGAAGAGCUCCCGCAUGCGCCGCAGACGACCCCUGAGCAGCUCAGCGGCCCUGCGACACCCGACCCGCAUCGCGCUCGGAGCCCCCCGGCCGCUGCGCCUGGUCCGGGAGAUGCGGCUCAGCAAUGGGAAGCUGUACAGCGGCGCCGGCCCCCUGACCGGUGGGGCGGGAGGGACAGGACUGCCCGAUCUGGGCCCCGGGCCCCAAAGGAUCCUAGAUGAUCCGCUCGGAGCAAACACCACUCCGCCUCCACCGGCCCCCACGCCUGUGAUGCUGCCCGCCCGCAGCUGCAGCCACGUGAGGAUCUGCCAGGAGUGCAGAAGGAUCCAGAGCCUGAGGUCCGGUAGCUGUUUGGGGUCAGCGUCCACAAGAAUACCGCCCUCCUCUGCCCCGCUGCCGAGGUUACCUCCACCCCCACCGCCGUCCUCAUCCAACACAGACAGUGAGGGUGGAGGGGGGACCAGUCCGAGGCGGCAGCAGCGCCACAGCCCUCCGCCUCCGUCACCUCGUCGCAUCCCCGCUCCCCCACAGAGCAGCAACAACACAGACCUGCUGGGAGAGCAAGAGGGAGUGUAGGAGCUCUGGGUGGGUGAGAGACUCAGAGGAAUGGGUGAGGAGGUGGAGGAACACAGACUCUAAGUUUCUCCAGUUCACCCUGAGGCGUACAGAUACAGAACCGACUAUGUGAUGGUCAAAUAUUAGGCUGCUGUUUUUGACUCAGAAGGAAAUUUUGGACACGUCUGAGAGGAGCUGCAUUUUCCUUAAGGAUGAUUUCUCCCCUCUCACUUCUCCUUCAGACUAUGAAGUUCUGGGUUUGUUUUCCAGAGACUCUGCCGGAGGCUAACUCGCCCUUUUGGUAAAACUGAAGCCGAACUGGAGGCUUAAAAACAGCAACAAAAAAGACUUCCAGAGAAUUAUUUACUGUUUUUUUUUUUCUUUAGUUGUCUUUGUUUUGUUGCCAUUGUUCUAAGUGGGAAUAAAUACAGACUAUGUGUAACAUUUUGGUGGACUGUAACAUUCUAAGUGAAUUGACAACGGCUAAUUUUUCCAACAUUUUUGUGUCCCUCCCUGAGCCCUGAAGCUGCUCUUUGGAUGAUUCUGUGAAAGUCUGAUGAAACCAUUUAAGGCGGCAUGCAGUGGCUAAAAGCUACAUAGUUUACACACUCCUGUUAAAACUCUCGGUUUUUCAGAAUAUUAAAAUUUAAACCACGAUGAGUCGUUUCCAAACUUUCUCCAUCCAUAAUGUGACAUUUAUCCUACGAAGUUUUACUGAAAUAUAAACAAAUCUUACAGAGAAAGCUUUAAAAGAUUAAAUAGGUGACAGUAAACUGGCUGCUUCAACUGCACACUUAUAAUUUAAUACUAAUAUUUAAGAUGAAAACUCAAGCUUGUGGUAAACUCAUAGUUUUGCUCCCCCAUUUGUCUUCUGUGGCAAAAUUUCCUCAAAUGGAGCUCCUUUUUUUGUUCACGUCAAUUAAAUUAUAGUCAAUAUUAAAUAUUUUUAUGCCCUGACUCAAAACCUAUAAGCUAAAGAUGAUGUGUAAAGUUCUGUGGUGGCCAGAUGAGAAUAAAGAAACAAAUUUUGAGUCGUUUUGUGAGGUUACUGCAAAGGGCAGAUUUGGAGAAUCUUUCAGCAUCUUCAGGUAAAGAUGUGAGAUGCUAAUAGAUUCCCACCAAAGAAAACUGGGUGCUGAAAUUCAGUCAAAAGGUAUCUGAAAACAUUAGAUUACCUUAAUGCAAACACUAAUGCAACAUGAUUAUUGCACCUUUUUUUUUUAAUCAACCUGGCAGAUCGGUUUGGUUUUCAGGCGUUUUGGACAGGAUGUCACAUUAAAGUUGGGUUGGGGGGUAUUUGGAAAUUAUUCAUCAUUAUCAACAUUUUCAAAAUCUUAGAAUUUAACUAGGAGUGUGCACGCUUUUUAAAAACCACUGUGCUGCAACCACUGGCACCGAAAAGUGUGCGUCUCCCUUUCUUUACAGUGUGUGUGUGUAAUUCGUGUGCGUCUCGUAAGUCUGUCCCUAACUGCUCUAAAUGAACCAUGUGCUCAACAUCAAAACCCUUCUACAGAUGUUAGAUAAUCAGACGGCUCCAAAAAGUGAAGAGAGAGCAACUAAAGAACCUUUGAAGUGUGAAAUUAAUCUCCCUCGUUAUCCUGAGUAACAUUCGCCAAACCUUUACUUUUUCUUGCCUUUGUUUAAACGGCGUAGAUGAGACGAACCAAGCGACGCAGAGAAAUAAAAAAAUGGAAAGAGACGUGGAGAAAAACUGACAGUCUUAAAUUAAAAUGAGAAAUGUGUCCCUCAACUUCUUCCAUCAUUACGACUGUCCUGAUCUAUUAAUUCUGGGCAUCUUUUAAGGGCCUUGUUAACAUGCCAACAGGCUGCAGCAUUGCUUACUGUUCAACACACUAACUUGGCCGUCCACAUUAUCAACUCCUGCCAGAGCGAUGGACUCAACUCAGCCGCGUCAAUAGUUUCAAGCUUUUGAUCGCCUAAUUAGUCCCCUCUGUGGCGAGGGACUCAUUCAGGAAACUUGCUAAUGAUUUUGAACGUGUCUCUAAAUAUUAAUUUAUGUUAGCAGCCUCAAACGUCAAUAAAGGCAGUUUAAAAUCUCAGCUAAAUUCAAUCAUAACCCUGCUAAGGAUGAGUCAAAAGCAAUCAAAUUAAAAUUAAGAUUUUAUUGAAAUGGAAAAUCCCACUGAUUUAAAAAAACAAAAACAAAAUCCAACCUUUAAUUUGAGUACUGAGUUGGAGGGAAAAAAAUUUGGGCCAAGAAAGAAAUAAUAUGAUGGACUGGUUUUCAUUGGGAUUAAGGACUGCCACUGGGCUGAAAUCUGCAUAUACCUUUAACCCAUGUCCAAAAUGCUUGAAACUGCCUAUUUUAAUAGUUCAAACGCCAAAUAAACCCUAAUUAUAAUACAGUGGAAAUCCUCUUAACUCUACCAGAGAAGCUAACAUUCAAAGUCUUCCUCAUCUCCGCUCUUGGAGGCGCCAAGGAAAAUAAACGGCAUUCCUGGAUUGGCUAAUUAGCCAGCCAAUAGCGUGUCAAGUAGCAUUACACAAAGAUAUCGCAGCUCCCCAAUCUGUAUCUUCUUUCAGAUAUUUUUAAUAUUCAAUAUAUUUUUAAUUCUCCAAAAUUGUAUGAAUAGGAAAAUUUUUCCACCAAUAGUUUGGAUUCAGAUUCCACAGAAAAACCUCACAAACAGGUGAAUACUGAACCACAGACAGGUGGGAUUGUACAGUAAAUGUAACUCGAGCCUUUAUUAAAAUAAUAAUAAAUUAAUACCCUGUUUUUUAGCAGUCUCUAGGUUUUAUGAUGGUGCUAAGAUUGAUCUAUAAGCCAAUCAACUCUCCCAGGUGUUAAUGGUUAAGAGGGUUAGAGAAAAUUUUAAAGGUUGGAUUUUGUUUAAUUUGUUAGUGUGCGAUUAUGACUAAGUUAAAAUGAGCAAAAAUAUCUUAAUAAUCUUCCUGUUGUUGCCUCCAGAUGCCAGAAUAUCCUGAUCCAGCUGAUUGUCCACAGGACCCAGCUGGCUUCAGGUGUUUUGGGUUUUUCUGUGUUAAAAUUGAGCUUUCAUGAAUCUGUCUUUUUCAUCCUGAAAGUCUGCAGCCUGCUGUGGAAAUGCUUUCUUCUGCUCUUUGAGCUAUCGGAGUGUCAGGGGCGUCAUCCAGCUGGGACAAUGCCUUGUCUGUAGGAGCGUUUGAGUCAAUGUCCCAUUCCUAUUUGAACACUGCAGAGAGGGAACAUUUCCCAGCAGAACUUUGCACUAUAAUGAGGUGAUCAAUGUUAUUUACUUCAUCCAUUUGAGUUUAAUGUUGUGGUUGAUCUAUAUAUAGGCAGGGUCCUUAAAGGGAAUGGACUGGUGGAUUUUUAUCUUUUUCCCCUUUCACUUAAAUCACUACACAUUGAAGGUCACUGCUAAUGAGUUGUCAAGAACUCAUUUCAUCCUUAUUUACACCAGAUAUCUGUAAAACUAUACAUAUUUAAAGAGAUGCCAGUUUGUUUGUCUCUGUUUAAGAAACUCUAAAGACUAGAGUCUUGAGAGUUAAACCUUUAUGUCUAAAACUUAACUCAAAAGGAUCUAUUUUUAAUGCAUGACUGCAGUCAGAGUCACUUAAAUGCUUUUUUUUUACCAGCAGAUUUGUUCUGCUCCUGAAAUUUGUCCUCAUUAAUAUAUUAUUACCUUCACUUUAGUAACAUCUGCUAAAAGCUGCAGCUCACAGCUGUUUUAGGUUCCUCUUGUAGUUCUUGAGUGAAACAUGACGAAAAGUUUGAGCUGAUUAGUCAUCUAAACUUUUUUGCAUUAAAAUUGCGAAUAGCUAAGAUCAGUUUUAGGUCAAAUCUGUAUGCGGCAUAAAUAUUUACAUAGAUUUACAUCGAUUGUCGAGAAAUGAUGGAGGAUCUGAUGGAAAUUAAUAUCUGGAUGAUUAAAAGACUAAAGUUUGCUCUUGUUAACCAUAAAAACAGCAAUGUCAGCGUUUUUCCUUCUUCUUUCGGCUUCUCCAGAUUUUAUUUGCAUUUAAUUUUCUCAGAAUUUAACAGACAUUUAUCAAAAAUGUCACCAGAAAGCCAGACACAAAACAGGUAGAAAAUCCUUCUUACUAUAUUUUCUAUAAUACUGAUGCCAUAGACGCACAUACAAACGUCAAAGUAAUUUUUAAUUAAAGAAGUAAUUUCUUUGAGCAUGAAUUAUAAUACAAAAUUAGAACCCAUAUCAUUUUGUAUGAUAACAAAUAAUACAAAUUAUUUGUAUAAUAAUAAUUAUAAUUUCUUGAGUUAAUUUAGCCACAUUUAUGAGAGUUAUGCUGCAAGACAUAGGUACACUGAGACUUUCUAAAGAGGCAGGCGGUCAAAGUUUAAAUACAACACUAAGUAAAACAACACACAAAUGUAAGUUUCAUGAUCAUCUAUUAGUUAUAACCGUAAAUCGUAAUGUAAGCAUAUGACUAACUAUGACAUCUUCAGUCUUGUUCCUGCAGCAACAGUAUAAAUUAGUCAAUCACCAGGCAAUUUUUAUCAAAAGAAAAUAUUGAAAGAUUAGUUUUUUUCUGCUAUUAAACUUUACAUGUGGCGACGUGGAUUCCUGUGUUGUGGUGUGCUUAGCGGUGAAGCAGCAUACUUUGCAGGUGCAAAAAGGAUUGUGUCCUGGAAAAUGUUUGCAAAUUACUGCUGGCUUUUGUAGGAGACGGUUUCUUUCUUGUUGUUGAUUCAUCCACUGACCUAAGGCAAGUGAGGCCUGCAGAGUGUUUGAUGUUAUUCUGGGUAGUUUCUGAUGACUCAUUGGUGUGUUCUUAGAGUAAUUUUGGUUGACCUAUCACUCUUAGGAAGGUUAACCUUCCUACGAGUGGAGAAAACAUUGAAGGGUGUUUUAAAAGAGUUUUAAAAGUAUAAAAAGAGUUUUAAAAGAGUAUGACUCUAGUGUCAUAUUUUAAAAGUCUCAAAUUCUUAAAAAACUGUUUUUUUGACCAGACUGAUGUCAGUUUUCAUUUCUUUAAACCCAUGCAUAAAGUUUUGCUUUUUAAAAACUUUUAGCCUGCUUCAUUUUUGACAAGUUCUAUCUAAAGCCUAGAUGUGCCUUAUGAUGCAGUAAUCAUCUGUCCAAAAAUGUGGGUCAUUCACGAUUUAACAAGGUGGGCAAUUAUUUUUUCACACAAGGCCGGCUUAGUUGGAAUAGGCUUUUUUUCCUCUUCUUAAGUUAACUCACUAGUUCACAAUUGAUGGGGUCUUUUUAAAUGUUUGAUCUUAAGAUUUGUUUGAUAAUCUUGUGCAGGUAAAAAAUAAAACAGAAAAAAAUCUGGGGGACAAAUCCGUUUUCGAGCUGACAUGAAUUAAAUCGUACUCCAUCUAUGUAAAACCACGUCUCCUGCUCCAGAUAUUAUUUUUUCUAAUUAAGCGUACAUUUGAGAAACACAAACAAUAUUAACCACACGUACUUCAUCACAAAUAAGUAACACCCUGACAAACAUGUAACCUCUUGUCACUUCCAUUUUACGUCCCUCUAUUAGUGCUCUCUAAAGCGGAUGAUCUAACGGUUAUGAAACCUGCUACCUAUUCCUUCCUUCCUGUGACUCACCGUUUAAAUGCUUGUGUGAAGUCCUGUAAAGUCAGACUACUUCUAAAAGUCUCUGUUUGUGUUGUUCAACCGACAAUGAUUCAACAUUUUAAUGGAAACUAAAAUAUUUUCCGGUCCUCCUGCUGUUCUGUUUGUGGAUUUUUUUAUUAUUUUAAGGGGCUGAAAAAUAGAGAACACCUCAACUUCAGUUCUGGGAAGCAGUUGUUUUGCCGCUUUGCUCUGAAACAUCAAUAUGCAGGAUAUGGACAGGUGAGGAGCCCAGAGAGAGAUCAAGCCUUUGUUUCAACACUCCUGAAACAAAAGAGAUCUGAGGCAGUUAGCUGUUCAAACAGCUAAAGCCUUCAGGCUUUUUACAACUCCAGAGGCUGUUGAAGGUGAUAGUUGUACGUCUGUGUUUACGCUGAAUCUCUAAAAGAGGGAAACAGAGCUUGAGAUGAUCUGCCAGAACCACCAGUCCACCCUUUAGGAAUCGUCCUGAAAAAUGCGGCACUGCAAGUUAUUCAUUGUGCUGUGCAGAUGAUUCGUUGACACCUUUGUGCUGCAGAUAAUGAGUGAUAACAUUGUUUGCUCACGUUACGCCGUUUCUCUGAAUGAUCGGUGUCAGCAGAAGCGGGCUGGUUUCGAUGUUUCUCUCUUUAUCUGUGUUUACUUCUGCUUUUGUGUCCUGAAUGCUGACAGGCAGCCUGAGCGAAAACGCUUCUUCAAGUCGCCACAGUGAACAUGCACAAACAAAAGCUCUUUCAUCCAUGCUAUCUGUGUCUCACUUCUCUUUGUCUGAAUUGUAAAACCACACUGGUUGCCCCUCAUGUUUGCAACUUUAUUCCUAGAUUUGCUUUAAUGUCUUUAACUUCAGUGUUUUCAACGAACAAUAGAACCAUUCAGCUGGUUACUGACAGCUUCAAACCAUCAGCUGGAAGUAUUUUAGAGCUGCAGUGUAUGGGGGGAAUGUUGCUGGUUUGAAUCCCAAAGGAAAGGGAGGGAUUAAAAAAUGAACAAAAAGAGGCGAUUACUCCACUGAACGAACAAACAAAAAAUCACAUUUGUUUACUUUUAUGUUCUUUUUCUUUAGUAGAUUUUUUCAUAUUUCUAUACUAGUGCUAAAUGGAUUAUUAAAAGUGAUAAAUAUUCUGAUUAAAUUGUUAUUAUUCCUAUUGAAAAACAUGAGGCUCUGCUGUGUGAUUGUGGAGGAUGGGUUGAAGAGGGAAGAUGUUUGAUUGUCAUGAUGUUCAAAUCCAUAAGAGAAAUACAGAGUGCUUUUGGAUUAAAAAAAUAUUAAAACAG